AUGAGAAUGAGCUGUGCAAUGAAGAUCUUCAUUCCCCUCGUUCUAACACUGGUUUUUGCAAUUGCUCCUGCACAAUCGAGCCUCCCAAAUGCGGGAGAAUUGGAUCUAUCAAAGUGCACCGAGGUGAUCCGGUUCUACUUGCAAGACCAGUUCAAUGGGAGCAAUCCGACAACAGCAAUUGUCCUGCCUCCUCGUAACAACGAAACGUUGUUUGGUCAGGUUGCCAUUUUUUAUGACAAGCUGACUACGGAGUCCUCGAUCAACUCCAAGCUUGUGGGAAGAGCCAAGGGUUUUCUGGUGAUAGAUUCGCUGGGCAAAAGCAGCUUUCUCCAGAUCAUGAUGGAGCUGGAAGGGCGGAAAGGUACAAUAGUGCUCCAUGGUCAGAACCCCUUCACUGAGUCCCAAAGGGAAAUAGCCGUUGUUGGGGGCACAGGAGAGUUCAGAAACGUUCAGGGCUACGCAUUAACGAGCACAACUGGAGCUGAACCUGGUGGGCUUAUUGCAAUCUACGAAGUUCAUCUGGUGAGGCUCUGGAAAUGCAUCUGGAAAUGCUUCAACAUGAAACUCAUAUUUUACUAUUUCAUUUUGUAA